AUGUCGCUUAAACGCCGUCUCGGCUUCUCCAGCACAAGAUCCUUCAUCCUUACUUCCGUCUUUGCCGGUAUUCUUUUCCUCUUCUCAACCCUUCAACUCCCAUACAUCGAUAUUGACCGUGUCUUUUGCGCCGAGGUUCCUUGGGCUGUCCCUGGAGAAUGUUACCUGUUUAAGAGACCUGGUCUGAUGAGAAAUGCCUUGGUUGUACACCUAAUUACAUUUCUGCCAGCGGGUGCUCUCGUUUGUUUGCAGUUUGUCCCAAUUCUACAACAGCCCAAAUAUGCAAGGCUCCAUCGCGUCAAUGGAUACCUUGUACUGAGUCUGUCCGCAAUUGGGAUUGCUACUGCGUUGGUCCUCUCAGGAGAAGUGAUGGGAGGGCCCGUCUCUAACAUGAUUGGGACAUUGAUAUUGGCGACUGCAAUUAGUACGGCUUUAGUAAAAGCUAUGAUUGCAAUUAAAAGUGGAAAGAUUCAAGAACAUAGAGCUUGGAUGCUCAGGGGCUGGUUUUAUAUAACCUCCAUCAUCACCAUGAGAAUUAUUCUCGUCUCUCUAGCACACAUAAUAGGCACCCCUUCACGAGCUAUGACUCUAAGCAUGCCUUGUGCCGUGAUAGAGUACUUGCACCAAAGCUUCCCAAAUGCUUCACAAACAGUAUACCCGAGUUGUGAAGCAUACUUCUCUGGAGAGAAUCUUGCUCAAGAAGCACUCGUGACAACCAAUUGGGAUCUAAAUGAUUUACCAGGUUUGGCGGCUGCUUUGAGAAUUGGCUAUUCCAUUGGAGGUUGGGUUGCCUUUGCCAUUCAUUCCGUGAGUGUCGAGAUAUAUAUUCGAAAAACGUCACCGCAGUACAAAUCCAAGGUUCUGUAA